UUACAACUGUGUGAAGCGCUUAUUUAAAAUAGGUACUUAUACUAAUAUAUCUUAACUGAGCUGUAAAAAGAUUCGAAACAAUUAAUAGAUUUCAUGGAAUAUUACUAAUAAAAUAUCUUUAUUGGCCAAAACAUACUAAAUUCCCAAACUCCAAGAAUAAUGGUUUAAGCUUUUUGUUGGACAUAAAUUCUACUGCCAGUGUUAUAAGCAAUUACACAAAAUAUUCUUUCACUGGUCAGUUUGCAGCAUCCAGCUAUACUGUCAGUUAAAAAUUGUUUGAUUCUGUAUUGGUAAUUAGUCAAUUCAACCAAAAUUUUAAGAAAAUGCCUGCACUUGGCAAUUUUAUUAUUGUUUCACUUCAGUAUUUUGUAUAUUUAUCAAAAUUUGAAAUGGUUAGAUGAAAUUGUUUGAUUUUAAGGAUGAAAGUAUAUACCGUACAAAAAUUUUGUUUCUAUGUAAAAUACGAACAUUUUUUUUUACCAUUUGCAAGGUAAAGGUGAAUAUAGAGGCCAGAGCAGAACGUGACAUAUGUUUAAAAGUCACUUAAGCACAGUGUUUAGUUGUCCCUUUCCUUUUCACACUGAAUUGCAUUUCCAACUAGUUUGCUUCUUUCAAUUAUAUAAAUUUUCUUAAAAUGUUGCAUACAAUCAAAGUAAAUAUCCGCUAUAAUGUGUACUCCCUAAUCGCUUGUCCGAAAGUCAGCACAGGUGAUGGAGUGGUGAUUGGGUAAAAUCUAUUUUUAGAACAGUGUUAUCUUCAGAUGGAAGGCUAUUACAACAUAUAUAACAUUACAGUUAUCCAUGUUCCAGGCAAAACAUCCCGGUCAGUGAUUGUUUAUAUCGACAAUUUAUAUCAAAUUCGCAGUCAGAAGUCGUUCAAGGACUUGACACAUAUGUUCACACUGUAUGUAAACAACUCCACUUCACUGAUCAAAGAUUCCCAACAAUUCUCAGAAAUAACAAGCCGUGAUAAAUAAAUGGUUAUUUUAAAAUAAACAAACAAACAAACAUUGAAGGUUUCCAACAGGAAAUAUCAAGAUUCCCAUCAGAUAUUCUUGAGUUCUGGAAUCAUAGGGAUGAACUUAGUUAUGAAAAUGGUCUUAUAUUUCAUAUUUUAUAUUUCGAGGUCAAAGAAUUGUUAUUCCUGAAAUUAUAGGUCAAAUACACACUGGCCAUUUUGGUGUAAACAAAACGGUUGAGCGUGGGAAAGAAAAUUUCUGUUGGCCAGGCAUGAUAAAGCAAUUAACAGAAUUUGUUUUACAGUGUAGAACCUGUUUCUCGCAUCGUAAUUCAAAUGCAAAUGUAAAUAUUGACUAUUUGCCAGGUACGCGAAUCGUGAUACAAAACCUUCGUGCACACAUGUCUCGAUACGGCAUUGUAGAGAUAACGGACCGCAAUUUUCGUCAGCGGAAUUUGCCGAGUUCGCGGGAAACGUCAUCGCCAUUUCAAAUGAAAAAGUUGAAAAAAGGUGUGUCGAUUGCUAAGAAAACUGUAACUGUGGCAAAAGAAUCUAGUCAAGACCCAUAUAUAUGUAUUUUAGAAUACAGAAACACAUCUUUAGAAUGUGGUUACACCCCAAAUCACUUGUUAAUGGAAUGGAGGACAACCUAGACUGUUAGUCCAUCAGUGGUUAAAACAAAAUUGCAGAAAAUUAAGUCAAAACAGAAAUAUUAUUAUGAUAAAAACACAAAACGUCUUAAGUCCACUCAAAUGACCCAGUUCGUUUUUAGUUUGGUAAAAAAUGGGUACCUGGAAAGAUUACUUCAAAGAAUGGAGAAAGGUAAAACAUGUAAAGACACAAAAUGGCACAAUUAACUGCCGCAAUAGACAAUUUCUAAUUAAAACCCAAAAAAAUCAAUAACCGAUUUUCUCCCUAAUGCACUUGAUUAACAGUUCGCACAAAAGAUCAAAUUAGCUAAUAAUAGUUUCCCAUAAAAGAGUGACCCUUCUAUUAACUCAAAACCACAUGUGGUAGUUAUGUUACACGGUCCGGGAGAAUUGUAAAACCUAGUACUCGUUAUCAGAAUGAUACGUAUCAGAAGUAAACUGACUGAUGAUUAUAUCUGAUAAACAAUCAUUGUGUAAAUAAAUAGAUUAGUUCCUAAUAACAGUAGGGGAAAUUGCCCGUUCGGGAAGUCAGUUUUGGGGUUUUCCCUACUUCCUGACCUGGAAGAUGGUUACUAUAUUUGGUAACAACCUUCCCGUUCGAGAAGUAAAAUCACUUGUUUUUGAUAUGGUUCACUGAAAUGACCCGAUGCAUAAGGAUUACAUCCGAUCUUAAAACUGAAAAUGCCAUUUAAAAUUAGAAAAAUAUAUCUAACUCUUUAUCGUUCAGAUUUUUUAAAAGUUUCGUAGUACACUGUAUUUUUUAUUUGAUAUUGAAAAUGGUCAUUUUCUGCAGAAAAUGUAAAAACUCAGAGCUUCCCGAUUUGAAAUAAAAACUUCUCAAAUGGAAAACCAGAUUACAAGGUACUUCCCAAUCGGGGAACUCAUUCAACAAUUAUGGCGUCUGGUAAAUUUGUUAAAAAGUGUUGUAAAAUUUUUAACCACAACAUGAAAUGUCGAACGACACAUAAGCCCUCCUUCUAGCCCUUGAAUCAUAUUAUUGGUAAUUUUGUUAUUAUAAUAGAAACAUGCCAUAAAUGGGUAUGUGAGAGUGUUCUCAGUUAUGGAAAAAUAAAAAUAAUGACCAAUAUAUAACCUGAAACUGAAUGAAAACUAUCAUUAGAAUAAUGAGCGGAAACCAUUUUGACGUUUAAUGGCAUUCUGACAUUGACCUUUGACCUACUGACCCUAAAAUGAAAAAUGGUCAUUUACUAGUUAUGACCAAUCAGAUUGUGAAAUAUGUUUUUACGAUAAUUAACUGAAACCACGUGGUCUACCAACAUAUGAAUAAUUAAUGUGUAAAAUAUGAAGACUUUGUGAUAAAUGCUUUUUUAACUUAACGAGCGUAAACCAUUCUGACAUGGAAGGCCCCUUUGACCUUGACCUUCGACCUAUUGAUCCCAAAAUCAAAAAGAGGUCAUAUACUACAUAUAGUUAUGAGUAAUCAGUAUAUGACAUAUGAAGACUUUGUGAUAAACAGUUUUUAAAAUAAUCAGCGGAAAUGAUGUGGUCUACCAACAGUCCGACAGACAGACAGACAGACCGACUUUAGCAAAAUAAUAUACCCCCUCGUCUUCAAGGGGAGGGGGCAUCAUAAAUGGAAUGUAAAUGAAGAUCAAGUUAUCAGAACCAGACGUAAUAUAUCAAAAUAAGCUGAUCAAUUGAAUUUUUUCUUUGAAAUUUCAGAUAAACUUGUUGUGUUCUACACACCAUUGAGUAGGUGAAAUAUGAGUGAUACAGAGAACAAUAGCGACACGGAAGAUGAUGAAGACUUAGACAAUCCUGAUUACAAGAACUGGGUCAGAGCCGCCAAGGGCCUAGAGUAUCUACAACAGGGACUUGCUCCUUUUGUUUCUACCGAAAUCACUGAAAACGUCACAACUUUUUUUGAGAGACUGCGUCUCGCAUCGGGACAAGUUAAUUGCAAUCAAUGCAAUAAAGCAAAUUUAUUUGCCGACCACCCUGGCGGAAUAUGUAUUAGCAGAUAUAAGAACAAAUGUUACUGUAACAUACAAAUAAACAAUAGAAGGCUAUGUCCAAAUGGAGUUUGCAGUAAGCUGUAUCACUUUAUUGUCCAGGAACAUAGAAGUAACGAUCCACUCUGGCGGAAUUCAGACAUUGCAAAAUGGUGCUCCGAUGUAUGGUUUGUAGCAAAAUGCUUCAUGACAUGUUGUAGUACCGGCAAUUCAGCACAGUCUACGGACGCUGCAGGACUCCUUAGUAUUGUUGUUAAUGCAAAAUUCUUCCAACCGAGGUUAACAUGUAGGAUAGAUCCUGGGAAAGAUGAUUUUUCUAAGGCUCGGAAUGCAAGAAACGAAAUACUUCACAAAGCAGAAAUAAAGUUGUCUGAACAAGAAUUAUUUCACUACAUCGACCUGUUUGUAGCAGUGUUACACGAUCCUAAAACACUUCUUAAAGAUAAGAAUGCACAAGAUGCUGUUAAAAAGUUAUUGAAAUUGAAGGACAAUCAAAUUCAUAUAAGCAUGGGGGAGAAGAAGAAAAUUCUACUGGAUACGGAAGAGGCAUUGAUAGCCUUGAAAACAAUCGGAGAAGAAAAAGCUAUAGGGAAUAUUAGCACCACAAAAGAUGUAUCCAUUCAAUGCAUUAAAGACAAAAAAGUAGAAGUUCUAGAUGACCUUGAAAAAGUCAAAGCAGAUGUUAUUUCUGGCAGUGAAAUAGAACAGAAAAUUAUUAAAACAGUUGAAGAUGUAGCAGUGAUAGAUGAAAGAUUGAAACAUGUAGAAGAAUAUCUAGAAAACAUCAAUAACCAGGAAAUUGAUCGUUGUAUUUCGAGAAGUCAUAGCAAAGAUGAAAGUCAAGACACAGGAGCUGCAAGUGAGCAUUAUUACGGAAGCACCAAAAUAAAGACAGAUGAAGAUACAAUUGUAAAUGUUGAGGAUACUGAUGUUUCAUUGAGAGAUUAUCAUAAAGAACUUGCUCAAGAAGGGUUGAAGGGAGCAAAUGUGGUAAUAAUGGCGCCUACAAACUCUGGAAAGACACGAGUGGCGUGUAAAAUAACGCAGGAACAUUUACGAAGAAAGAGAGACGGAAAAGUUAUAUUUUUAGUGGAGAACGAAACUCUAGCCUAUCAACAAGGAAAGGUGUUCAGUAAACUCCUUCCCGCUUAUAGGACAAAGGUGAUCAGUGGAACCGUUCAAAGAGAUAAAAAGAUGUUUCUUAAAGACUUCAUACACAUAAGGGACAUACUAGUUGUAACAGCACAAAUCUUGUUAAAUUCAUUAAAGACCAAAGAAAUUGACAGCCUAGAAAAAUUUUCUCUUAUUGUGUUUGACGAAUGUCACCAUGCCAAAGGUUUCCAUCGAUAUAAUGAAAUAAUGGGACAUUAUAUUGAUAUGAAAUUUCAAAAUGUUUCACCACUUCCACAGGUUGUUGGUCUAACCGCAUCGCUAGGCAUAGGCGGAAAUUCAGAUCAUAAAGCUGCCAUGGAUCACAUGGAAAAACUUCUUACAAAUUUGGACGCUGCAUUUCUAUGUACUGUUAGACAAAACAAAGAAGAACUUCAAAAAAUAGAAAACAAAGCAAAAGAGCAUAUUGUGGUUACUGAAGGAAGAGUCGACGAUUUAUACAAGAAAGCGAUACUUGAAAACAUGCAUGCUAUUGAUGACUACAUGAUAAAUCACCAAAGUUUAUCGGAGGUUCCCCCAGCGUCAGAACUGAAGAAUAAAUGUCGAGUCCCAUCAACGGCGGGCGAUGCGUCUUUCCAAAAUUGGCUCAGUGAUUUCAAAAAGGCGCUUUGUGAUGUCGAUUCAAAACGUGUUCGUAGAAUGAUGUUUCCAUGCUUUGAGCAUUUAGAGAUAUAUAAUAAAUCCUUGAUGGUUCAUGCUGAUGCUAGAAUAAAAGAUGCGAGAGCAGUUCUUGUGGAAUUUAUGGAGAAACAAUAUAAGGCGGACGAAACUUGCGAAAACGAAACUGAUAAAAUGCUUCUUGAACUAUACGAAUGUUUGAAAGCCAAAUCAUUCGACAAUGAACCAGAAAAUCCUAAACUGUUGAAGCUGGGAGAACUUAUCAUCAAUAUUCUUGGAAAUGACAAACGUGCAAAAGGGAUAGUAUUCGUGGAAAGUAGGGAUCUUGCAAAAGCUAUUAGCAACUGGAUGAAUGAGACCGACAAUCUGAAGCAAUUUUAUGCCAAGAAAUGUGUUGGACAGGCGGUGUCAGUUGAUAAAGGGGGUAUGACACGAGCAAAGCAGAGGAAUGUGUUGGAAUACUUUAGAGGUGGACGUCAUAAACUCAUUAUUGCCACAUCUAUAGUAGAAGAGGGCAUUGACAUCACAAUGUGUAACCUGGUCAUCCGGUAUGAGCAUGUGACAAAUGAGAUUGUUCGAUUACAGUCUCGAGGACGAGCCAGAGCUGCAAAUAGCAAGUAUUAUGUAUUAACCGAAGCUAGAUCUUGGAUUGUAGGAAAAGAGCAGAAGAUCGAAAUGCUUGAAGAUCUGAUUAAUCAAAUUGUACCACAGUUACAGGCUAAAAUUGAAUCGGAUCCACUUGCUUGGCAACAACGUCUGACUGAAAGACAAAAAUACAUGAAACAACUUGAAGAGGAAAGAAAUGAGAGAGAUCGCAGAGCAAAAAUGGCGCAAGGUGUCAAAGAAUUGAAAUGCUUAAAAUGCUUAAAGUUUAUUUGUCUAUCUUCUGACAUCCGUAGAAUCAAAGACACUCAGCAUGUUGUCAUCGAUGAAGAUGUGCAAAAACGUAUCACCUGGACAAGAAAGCCAAUUCCUAAAUUCAAGAAUGACGACCUUAAAUUUGAUGGCACUACCUUAUGUGGAAACAGCACCUGUAAACAAAAGCUAGGAGGGGUGUGCGAAUAUAUGGGCAUUGAGUUCCCUUUGAUUGCAAUAAGUUAUUUUCGUGUCGUUGAUGAAAACAAUAAAGGUAGAACAUUUAAAAAGUGGAAAGAUGUAAAUUUCGAUAUUGAAGAUUACAGUUUAGAACAAUUCCAAGAAAUUGUUGAUGAGAGAAAGUGAUGCUGCUGAUUUUCAUAUUUGGUAAUGUUGCAAUAACUAACUUUGAAAAUUUGAAAUGAUUAUCACCUGACGCAAUUACGCUAAAUGUUAAAUAAUUUGUGAUAAAGAUAUUAAAAUACAAUGUGGAAUUUAGACUUUCAUAAACAACACUUAUUCAGUAUAACUGUUCUAAUUGUCAAACAUAAAAAGCAAGAGAUGGGUUAGCUGAAGGCCAGUGAGUAACUGUAUUGAAACUGUAACUGGACAAUGAAAAUAAUAAGCUGUUAAAACUAAAACUUAUAGAAGUGUUGAAGCUUAAUGGCCUUUAAACUACGUUUACAACUUUUCUUAAUACAAUGAAAAUGAAUAAAUUAAGUAAGACCUUUGACUUUAUUACUAUAUUUAUUUUGAUUAAAUAUACUUAAAGUACAUAACAAACCCUCCAACAUAAUAAUGAGUAAAUGAUUUACUAGAUAUAUUACAUUUAAUAAAAGGUGCAAUAAAUUGAGAUGCUCAUAUGUUUGUUGUUCGUUUUUUUCUUUUCUUUUCUUUUUUUAUAGGUAAGCAUUUACCCCGCAAACAUUCAAAUCCUUUCCCUUUUUUGAUUUAUUUCUUUGGGGCAUAUAUACAUUAUCAUCAUUAAUUAAUUAUGGGUGUCGAAAUGCAAAAUCUAAAUAAUGAUAUAAAUGAACUAAAUACAUAAUUUCAGGUAAGUUAAGUAACGCUAAUGAAAUAUUGUCAAAUGCGAAGUGCUUACUGCUUGUCGUUCAGCAUAUGAAUAAUUUAGAGCAGCAACUUUUAUUGCCUGUGGCUUGAACCUGUCAUUUUAUAAUCUUGGCAUAAAAUGAGAAAAACAGAAUCCCAAAAGAACGCCCAAAACGACAAAAUUAUAAAUGUUGCAGGCUCGGUUAAAUUGA